AUGUCCACCGCCCUCAAAGGUCCCGGCACCGCCGAAGUACACGACGGCUCAAACCUCCGCAUCGCCAUUGUCCACGCCCGGUGGAACGACAGGAUCAUCCAUUCGCUGGUAGAUGGAGCGAAGAAGGCGUUGUUGGCGGCGGGGGUUGCGGAGGGGAAUAUCGUGACGCAGAGUGUGCCGGGGAGCUGGGAGUUGCCGGUUGCUGUUGAAACUAUCUACACCGGCUCCGUCCUCCAAGCCACCAAGGCCGCAACGCCCUGUCGAAUCCCCGGCACCGCAACCGCCGACACCCUCUCCGCCACCGCACCCCCGCCAACCCGCACAUCCAUCGACACCCCCACCUCGUCCUCCCCCGUCCAAACACCCGCAUCGACAUCAGCAUCCUCACAAGCCCCCUUCGACGCCCUGAUCGCCAUCGGCGUCCUGAUAAAAGGCGAAACAAUGCACUUCGAAUACAUCGCCGAUGCCGUCUCGAACGGCCUCAUGCGCCUGCAGAUAGAGAAGAGCGUGCCGGUUAUCUUUGGGCUGUUGACGGUGCUUACGGAGGAGCAAGGGCUGGUCAGGGCUGGGUUGGCCGAUGGGAAGGGGAGUGCGGCGCAUAAUCAUGGGGAGGAUUGGGGGCGGGCGGCGGUUGAGCUUGGGGUGAAGAGGAGGGGGUGGGCGGAGGGGAGGUUUUUGUAG